GUUAUGAGUAAUACAUUGUAAUCUUAUGAAAAUACCUGUCAUUAAUAUGAAUAGGAUCAGAUGCAAUUUAAGAAAAGAAAGGAUAUGAACCUUAAAGAUGAAUAUUCCAUUAAAGAAAAGCAAAGAGGAUUCCUUGAUUUUGAUGAAACAAGCUAAAAAGAAAAUUAAACGUAUAAAAGCAUUCCAAUUUUGAUAGAUAAAUGUCAUUGAUGAAAAAAAACUAUACUAAGUAUAUUGUUAAGAUGCAGAAUUUGAAUCUAAUUAAUAGUUAUGAUCAUAAUGUAAGAGUUUUAGAUCUUUCAAAUUCCAAAAUGACUGCUUUGCACGAAGGUAUCAGAUAAUACGCUCGUUUAUCGAUUAUUAAUUUAGCAAAUAACCUUUUUCAAGAAGUACCAAGCUGUCUAUUUGAACUCUCUUUUUCACAUAUCAAUCUUAAUAAUAAUUUAUUAAAGACUCUUAGAAUAGGAGAUAAAUGGAAAACAUCAUUAGAGAGAUUAGAUGUUGGCAAAAAUCAUAUUCGUAUAUUACCAGAUGAAUUAUUUUAAUUGGAAUAACUUAAAAUUAUAGACUUAAGAAGUAAUGAUUUCACUAAAAUACCUAAAUCUAUUUUAAAUUUAGAGAAACAAUUAAAAGGACUUGGUUUAGAUUGGAUUAAAUAUACAAAUAAUAAUUAUUUUGCUUCAAGUAAAAAAUUGUUUAAAAUAAAUCUUAGAAAAAGACAUGUUAAUUACAGAUGAUCUUUAAAGAUUUUGGGAUUAAAUACAUUAACUCCUUAAAGAUAAUGAAUUCAUUAUUUGUCAUGAUUACUUGAUAUUUAAUCAAAAAUAUUACGAUGAUUAAAUUCAAGAUUCAAUUACUGUUCAAAUUCCAAAAUAGUCAAAUAUUACAAGAGCGACUUAAAGAAAUACUGAAUUAACUCUUUAAGAAUUGACAAGCAGUUCUCAAAUGAUGCAGACUAAAACUCUCGGAUUUGAUAUGGAUAUAUCUGACAAUGGAUCAAAUCUUAUGCAUAUAGCAGUUGAAAAUGAAGAUAUAGGAAUUGUUAGAGCUCUUCUCAAUAUUAGAUUUGAAUUAUCCUCAUAAUUUGAUGAUUCUUCUCACACUCCUCUUUCAUUAGCAAUCAAAGAAGAAAAGUAUCACUGUGCCAAAAUCUUGAUUAAUGCUUCCACCAAUCUUAAUAUAGGAGGGUAUAAUAGUAUUUUCAAUAUUUUUAGUGGAGAAUAUAAUAGUGUACUCAACUAAGCUGUUAAUAAAAUGUAAUACUAUUUAAUCAAAGAUAUUUUGAACUCUAAAAUCUAAAUUAACAAGUAAGAUAAAAAAGGAAAUGGCCCAUUACAUAAUCUUAUUCCAUCUUUUAAAAAGAAUUUGUAAGAAGCUACAAGAAUAGGUCAUUUACUUAUUGAAAGAGGUGCUGAUCCUAAUUUAAGAAAUAUCAAUAAUAAUACACCUUUACAUUUAGCCAUUAAAAAGUCUUCUUAUUCUGCAUUACGUUUUGCUAUUUCAAUAAAUGAAUAAUACCAACGUGAUGUUUUUUCUUUCAAAUUAUUGGGUCACAAAAGCAAUUCAGGUAUCAAUAUUUAUAUAUAUAUAUAUAUAGUUAUGCAUUUUGCUGCUAAGAGUGAAAACAUUAAAAUUAUUUUAUAACUUUACUCUCUCAACCCUUACUUGUUAUUCACUUACAAUGAUGAACAAAAAAGACCUUUUGAUAUCAUUUAAAAAAAUUUCACAUUAAGCAAACUUAUUUCGGUUUUAGAACUUAUUUUCAUUAAGAAUCAUAUUAUUAAACAACAUUUAAAUUCAAAUAGUUCAUCAACUGAUUAACCUAUAAAAAAUGAAUAAAAAUAAUAAAUGAAAUAAAAGGAAUAAAAUAUUGAAUUUGGCAAGAAAAAUAGUUUCGAUUUGGUUGAAUCAGAUGAGGAAGGCACAAAUAGGAUGGGAUUAAAUAAUUUUUAAAUAUUACCUAAUUUAAAAAGAUAAUAAUCAUAGCCUUCAAAAAGAUCAAGCAUAAAGAAGGAGAAUAAGGUGUCUUGCGAAAAUGCUGGACCUAUAUUUAUUCAUAAAUCUAUAUAAUAAGAUAGAAAUGAUAUAAAAUAAAUAGAAUUGUAAAAUCAAUAAAAUAACAGCAAAUUCAAUAAAAAUAAAUUUAUCAAUAAGUAGAUCCAUAAAUUAUUGAAAGAUUUAGAAAAUAUUCGAAUUUUAAUGUAGAAUUAACAAGAUUAUUAUUCUUAAAUUGCAUUAGAAAAAUUAUCUAAUGCUUUGAUUCAAUAAUUAAAUUAUUACAAGGAGGAUCCUCUAACAAAUUUGAUGAUUUAAAAUGCCACUUAAUUACAGAAAAUAGAGUUUGAAUCUAAAUAAACAAAAAGCCUUUCUUAUGAUAAUUCUCCAUUAUUCUUAGAUUAUGAAUAAUUUAUGAAGCUAUGA